ACCAAAAAGCAGUUUGAGAAAACAAAGUUGAAAACAUUGUGAGGCCGUUCUACAAGUUCGACACGAUGCAAGUGUAAGGCCAGGUGGCUACAUAGGCACACUAACACCUGUCAGUUGCUACGUGCAACGUGUGCAGCUCCUGUGCUCCAGCCACCGCUAAUCCCCCCCAAUGAAAUCGCAUACUCUUAAAACCGCAUCUGAAAUCUUUAUUACCAAAACUCUAUUGACGAAUUCAGAAAUCUAAGAAAAAAGCAAGAUGAUGAAUCUUUUAGCGUUGUGUCUCGUAGUUACAUCACUAGUAUCAGCAGGAGUCUGGUCUCCAACUCCUCCAAGCCCAGCAGAGGAGGAUGUUAUAGUUAAAGAUGGGCAUAGAGUGAUUGUUGUUGAGUAUGAUCAAGGCGAUCAUCCCAACACAAAAGUCUCUAUCUCACCAGAACAACAACACCAACACCAUGAAACACCACCAAAUCCCAUGGAGAAGCUCAAAGAAGCCUCCUCUGUCCUUCCAAAUCUUGGUCAAGGCCUUUCACAACCAUCAGAAAAAACCACCACCACUACUACUACUACUAAGGAACUCAUAUGUGAUGCCUUGGGUAAAUGCAAGCACAGGAUUGCAAGCGCAAUGGAUAAGGCUAAAGAUAGGGUCUCGGAGACGGCACACGAAGCGAUUGACAAGACAAAGGAAACCACACAUGAGGCCAUUGCCAAGGAAAAAGAGAUUGCACAUGAGAUGGGAGACGCCGUAGGCGAUGCUUUAGGUAAAGCGAAAGAAACAGCAUCGAAGAAAGCUCGCGAGGUUGAAGAAGGCGCCAAAGAGCGAGCCGAGGAUGUGAUGGAAAAGGCGAAGGCAGUGAAGGACAAGGGAAAGACAAUUGGGAAGGACAUAGCGAGGGAUGUAUCAGAUAAAGUGGAGAUGGCAAAGGAAGAGGUGGUGGAGAAAGCCAAAGUAACCAAAGACAAAGUCAAGAGUGGUGCGUACAAGUUGAAGAGAGAGAGCCAAAAGGAAGUUGGUGGUGCAAUUCGGCGAGGACAAGAGGUUGGGCAUGGUGCUUUGAAUUAUGCAACAUCACCGGCAUUGAUGGGUGUGAUGAACUUGUUGGGGUUGGCCACUGCUUAUGGGAUGUGCGUGUGGGUUACUUUCAUAUCGAGUUAUGUAUUGGCGGAGGCGAUUCCGAGGCAGCAGUUUGGGAUGGUGCAGAGCAAGAUAUAUCCUGUGUAUUUCAGGUACAUGGCUGGUUGCAUUGGGUUGGCUUUGUUGGGGCACUUGUUGGGCAAUAGGCACAGAUUGCUCUCAAACAAGGUUGAAAUGUUUCAGACCUACAAUUUGUUGGCUUCACUAUUUAUGGUUUUCGUCAAUUCGAUUUACUUGGAGCCACGAGCAACUAAGGUGAUGUUUGAGAGGAUGAAGCUGCAGAAGGAGGAAGGAAGAGGAAGAGAGGAAUUAACUGCUGAACCUAGACAGGUCUCUGAGUCAUCGCAGCCAGUAGCUGCUGAGCCUGGAGCUUCAACUAAAACUAGCACAACUGCUCCUGCAGUGUCCUCACCAGCGGCCUUAGAGCACGAAGUGGUCAGGUCUCAGAUUGUUAGACUAAAUGACAGGCUUAAGAAGCUAAACAGCUACUCUUCUUUCCUCAACAUUCUGACUUUAAUGGCUCUCAGUUGGAACCUUGUUUACCUCGGCCAGCGUCUUCACUUGACCUGCUAAUGGAACUUGCUGUUACAUAUGCUGCUCUCUCUACUCUAAUCUCUUUAGUUUUGAAACAUGCUCUCAGAUUCGUGAACUUAACUAAACUUUCUUUUUAAGUAUUCUGUAUGAUUUUAUUGUAUUGUGGUGUCAAAGUGUAGGUUCUGCUUCUUUUUCUUUAGAUAUUUGUAGUUAGUAGAUGAUAAUGAUCUAAGUCAUGGCAUUACGUGUUGUGGUAUUAAUCCAUGUGAUAAUCUUUUGAA